CGCCCGCGUCCCUUGGCCCGGGGAGCUUGAAGCUCCUAGGCUGGGUGGCCCCCAGAUGUUUGGAACUGGCGCUGGAACUGUAGCCCUUCUCCAUCUCUACCUCCUUCCUUCAGAGGGAUCCAGAAACUUCUGUCAUGGAAAAGUACCACGUAUUGGAGAUGAUCGGAGAAGGCUCUUUUGGGAGGGUGUACAAAGGUCGCAGGAAAUACAGUGCCCAGGUGGUGGCCCUGAAGUUCAUUCCAAAAUUGGGGCGAUCUGAGAAGGAACUGCGGAAUCUGCAGCGAGAGAUCGAAAUCAUGCGGGGUCUGCGGCACCCCAACAUCGUGCAUAUGCUUGACAGCUUUGAGACGGACAAAGAGGUGGUGGUGGUGACAGACUAUGCCGAGGGUGAGCUCUUUCAGAUCCUGGAGGAUGACGGAAAGCUUCCUGAAGACCAGGUUCAGGCCAUCGCGGCCCAGCUGGUGUCGGCCCUGUACUACCUGCAUUCCCACCGCAUCCUCCACCGAGACAUGAAGCCUCAGAACAUCCUGCUUGCCAAGGGCGGGGGCAUCAAACUCUGUGACUUUGGGUUUGCCCGGGCCAUGAGCACCAACACCAUGGUGCUGACAUCCAUCAAAGGCACACCGCUCUACAUGUCUCCCGAGCUGGUGGAAGAGCGGCCCUACGACCACACGGCUGACCUCUGGUCCGUGGGCUGCAUCCUGUAUGAGCUGGCUGUCGGCACCCCUCCCUUCUAUACCACCAGCAUCUUCCAGCUGGUCAGCCUCAUCCUCAAGGACCCCGUGCGCUGGCCCCCCACCAUGAGUCCUUGCUUCAAGAGCUUCCUGCAAGGAUUGCUCACCAAAGACCCCAGGCAGCGGCUGUCCUGGCCAGACCUCCUGUAUCACCCCUUCAUUGCUGGUCGUGUCACUAUACUCACGGAGCCAGCAGGCCCGGAUUCAGCGACCCCCUUCACCAGCCGCCUGCCUCUGGACCUCCAGAUCCUAAAGGAGCAGCAGGCCCAGCAGCUCACCCCCACGGGCGCCCGCUCCCGGAUCCUGCAACAGGCCUGCAAGUACAUGGCCGAGGAGCUGGACCCGCAGGAAGAGCCACGUGCCGACCCCGGCCGGGGGCAUGAGGACAAGGCUGGCCAGGGGCCCCGGGACACUGCCCCUCCGGCCAAACCCCAGCUCCUGGCUCAGGAGCCGGGCCUCGUGCCUGCAGCCUUGCCCUCAGACGUGAGGAGCAGCUGGGCUGAGUGGGGGGCCGGAGAAGCCCCUCCUGCUCCUCGGGAAAACCGGAUCACACAGGAUUGCGACCCCAGUGCGCUCCCUGAGCUGGGCCCAGCAGUGGAGAGCAAGCAGCGGAGCACCAGUGCCAAAGACCCGGAGAGCGAGGAGGAAGACAGUGACAGCGAGUGGCAGCGGCUGCUCGAGACCUCUGAGCCUGUCCCCAUCCAGCUGAAAGCCCCCCUGACGCUCGUCUGUAACCCCGACUUCUGCCAGCACCUCCAGAAUCAGCUGCAGGACACGGCAGAGCAGAUCCUCAAGGGCCUGCUGGAGGGAGCGGCCCAGAUCCUCCCGGCGCUCCGCGUCCUGAGCAGUCUGCUGGCCAGCUGCGCCGACUCGGCACUCUUGUACCCCUUCUGCCGUGAGGUGGGGCUCCCGGAGCUGCUGCUCAGCCUCCUCAAACACAGCCAGGAAAGCAGCAGCAUCCAGCAGCAAUGCUGGUACGGCGGCCUCUUAAGGGACCUGCUGGCUGCGAUCCAGGCCUACUUCGCCUGCUCCUUCAAUCUGGAGAGGAACCAGACGGGGGACAGCCUGCAGGUAUUCCAAGAGGCCUCCAGUCUCUUCCUGGACCAUCUGGGGAAACUCCUGGCCCAGCCCGACGACUCAGAGCCAGCUCUGCGGAGGGACAGUCUCCUGUGCUUUGCUGUCCUGUGCGAAGCCAUGGACGGCAAUGGUGGGGCCAUUUCCAAAGCCUUCUACGCCAGCCUGCUGAGCUCACGGCACGCCGUGGUGGACGGGCUCCUGCACGGCCUGACGGUUCUACGGCUGCCCUCCCACAGCCCGCCAGGAGCCCCCCAGGUGAGCCAGCCACCGCGGGAGCAGAACGAGGACCUGCAGGCCACAUUUUCCACAGUGCUGGCGGCCGUGUGCAUGGCUCCGGUGGGGAUGCCCGGCUGCCUGGAGGCCAAAGAGCAGAUCUCGCAGUACGUGGCCGAGCAGCUCACGGAAGACGGCAGCCUGCUGAGGGCAUCCCUCGUCUCCGGCCUGCAGCAUCCUGUCCUGUGCCUGCCCCUGCUCAAGGUCCUCUACUCCUGCUGCCACGUGAGCGAGCGCUUGUGCCAGCUGCUGGCUCAGGACCCCCUGGCCUGGGAGUCCCUACUGCAGUUGGUCCAGGGUAAGGUAAAGAUGGUGGAGUGUGAAGAGUCCAUGGAAGCAACCCUCUACCUCUUGACCCUGCUGGUCAUCCGGCUCCAAGAUCUGCCUUCUGGAAUGGAGAAGCUGGGCCCUGAGAUCGCCACCCUCUUCACCCGUUCACCUGUCGUCUCCCUUGUGAACGCCGCUGCCUGUCUCCUGGGCCAGCUGGGCCAGCAGGGCGUGGCCUUUCACCUGCGGCCAGCCGAGUGGAUCGCCGCGGCCACGCACGCACUGUCGGCCCCCACGGAGGUCCAGCUGACUCCGCCGGGUGGCUGUGGCUUCUACGACGGCCUCCUCGUCCUCCUGCUGCAGCUCUUCAGCCAAGAACAGUCUCGACUCCAGCAGGGCCAGGGAGGCCCAGUCAGGGACUUGAUCAGCUCGGAAAUGUGGACCAUUCUGUGGCAACGCCUGUGGCUGGCGCUGCGGAUCCCCACAGUGUCCCCGCAGGAAGAGGAGCCGCCCCCUCUCCCGGGAGCAGAACGUCCCCAGCCAAACUGGGUGCUCAUCUCGCCUCACGGCAUGGUGGCCCUGCUGAGCCUGGCCAUGAGCGCCUUCUCCCAGGAGCCCCAGCUGUGCCUGAACCACCUGUCCCAGCGCGGAAGUCUGCUCAUGGCCACCCUGGAGCACCUGCUUUCCCCAGGCUUCCUGCAGCAGCUGGGCCAGGCACACCGUGGGGCUGAGUUUCUCCCCGUCCUGGUACUCUCCACCUGCCAGCUCCUCUGCUUCCCCUUUGCCCUGGACGUGGACGCGGAGCUCCUGGAAGGUAUCUUGACUGACCUCACCAACGCGCAUGUCGCGACCCACCUGCUGCAGGCCUGCUGCCAUCAUCUUCCGCUGGCCCAGGUCGAGCUGCCCGUCAGCCUCCUGUCGCGCCUGGCUCUCAUGGACCUUGCCUCGCUCCACCAGUUUGUGGCAGCUGUGGCGGCCUCCCCUCAGGCCAGCCUGGCCUUCCUGUCCGCUGCACUCCUGAGCGACCACCCCCUGCUGGCCGCCGACCUGCUCUCCCUGCUGGCCCACACAGCCCGGGUCCUGCCACCGGCGCACUUGUCCUUUGUCCAGGAGCUCCUGGCCGGCCCCGAGGAGUCCUACAGGCCCCUGCGCAGCCUCCUGGGCCACGCCGAUACGCCCGUGCGUGCCCGCACCUACGGGCUGCUGGGACACUUGCUGCAGCACAGCAGGGCCCUGCGGGGGGCGCUGCAGAGCCAGGCGGGCCUGCUUAGCCUGCUGCUCCUGGGGCUCAGGGACAAGGACCCCAGCGUGCGGCGCAGCGCCAGCUUCGCGGUGGGCAACGCCACCUACCAGGCGGGGCCCCUGCGGCUGGCCCUGGCCGCAGCCAUCCCUGGCUUCACCAAGCUGCUGGGGGACCCCCAGGCUGGCAUCCGGCGCAACUCUGCGUCAGCCCUGGGCAACUUGGGCUCCGAGGGCUUGGGGGAGGAGCUGCUCCAGUGCCAGGUCCCCCAGCGGCUCCUUAGGGUGGCGUGCGGGGACCCCCAGCCCAGCGUCAAGGAAGCUGCCCUCAUCGCCCUGCGGAGCCUCUGCCAGGAACCCUGUGUCCACCAGGUGUUGGUGUCCCUCGGUGCCAGUGAGAAGUUAGCCCUGCUCGCCCUGGGCCCCCAUUUCCUGCCACCCAGCGAGCCUCGGCCGGCCUCCGCCAAGCACUGCAGGAAACUCAUCCACCUCCUGAGGCCAGCCCACAGAACGUGAUCCCAGUCUCUCUGGGCUGCUACCACCCCACUGUGCCCCACUCUUGCCAAAUAUUCCUUUUUUCCCCCCAACACAACAAGCCACCAACUCCACUGUGAGCUACAGAGAUGCAAAAAAACAAAAACCAAAAAAUCAAAAAA